AUGCCCCCCGGACAGAGACAGCUACCCGCAAUCACAACCCAGCCAGGAAAUGGGAUGGAGAGGCGCAUAGAAGCCGUGGUUGAAUUUGCCCAUGAACUCUACCGAGUUCUCUCAAGCGGCCCGCAAGAUGCGCCAGCUAUCGACGCCCUCGUCGACCAGAUUAGCAAGCAUAUCGACAAGCUCCACGUUUUCAACCAGAAAUACCUUCCCGGCCUCUCGGGCGACCCCGAGAUCGACAAUCAAGGAAGACGGCUUUGGAACAUCUCUACCACACUGCGCCAAGAAUGCGACCCGGCUUCGAAGCGGCUGGGGAGACUCUGCGUCUACGCCCGGGUUCUCGCUUUCCAUUUGCUUGCUAUUUCCAGGCCAAAAGAGAAUUGCAGGGCGCACGACAUGAUUCACCUGCUGAAGCUGGCGCUCAAGGCAGCUCGCAAUUGCAUAGGUUCGUCUGGGCCACACUUCUACGCACACGAGACAAGCUAUACUUCCGUACCCGCCUUAGCUACCCUCGUGUUACAGAAGGCUGCCGACUACAAAGGGUGCCUCCAGGAUCUUGCGCCUCGACUACCAAAGGACGACGCGGACGCAUGUAACUGUCUUGAGAUAGAAUAUUUCAUCGUCCGGACUGCUUUAUCUUGGGCAGAAAACAGACUUGAUGUUGCCGAUCACAUGUUUACCAAAGCGGAAUGCCUGCACAAGUUCCUCACGCCCGAGUAUGCCGAGAGCCUUGCUGACGUUCUUUACGAGAUCGGAAAGACCUCAAACGCCAGAGCCAACUAUCCCAUAGCAAUCAAGUGGCUCGAGCGGGCGAACGAAAUCAUCAAUGGCCAGAAUCUUGAAGCUCUAUCCCGCGAGGGCAGAGAGCUGCGCCUGGCCAUUCUACAGGCGCUUGUAACCGCGCUCCUGGGUACCGCAACCCCUGACAGCUUAGGCCAGGCCAAGAACUAUGUAGAUUUUAUGGAGGUGGAACUGGGCAACAAGUUGGUCGUGUCGCUUCUCAGACUGGAUCUUCUCCAAAAGAUACCUGCCGAGGUCUUUGACAGUGAGGGCUACGCCGAGGUACUGCGGCGUAUCAUAAGGAACUUCAACUCUUCGGACGCCGGCUUCAAGCUCAUCAUUCACCAUAUCCGGAAACUGCACGACAAGAGCCCGAGUAUUGGAUGCGCAGUGUUGGACGACUUUAUCAUGGCCCUGGUUGGUGCCGACAACAGCGACUGGAUGGAGAGGGCCGUCGUCACGCGGAUGUGGAUGAUCAUCGGCCACCGGGAUUCUGUCGACGCUAUCAAUGAUCUCCAAGGUGUUUUCUCGUAUCUUACGAAACCCUUGAGUGCAGAGGCGGCCGCUGCAGCCCAGGUGCUCAUCUGGAAGAAGCUAGAAUCAAAUUAUAGCUUGAGUCGGUUCGAUCUGGCAGAGAAGUGGGGAAACUGCUUCUUUGCGCCCUUGCAAGAAACAGUAUGGAAACUGCGGUCAUAUCUGGCCUUCAAAGUUGCUAUACGAAUCGAAGACCGAGUGCUGGCUGAGCAAUGUCUUCGGACAGUCAGCGCGGCGCCAGGUCACAUCGACUAUCUUGGUGCCUGCAUUGCCGAGUCUCAAAAGGUCGGCGACAUCUUCUGUGCUAUUACUGCACUGAAGAAACUGCACGAAAAGUAUGAGUACAAAGAGCCGAAUCCUAUACACUUGCCUGCGCUCUUCCGCUUCGUCUUGGCGCUUCAAGAGCAGAAGCAAAACCCAGACAUUCGCAAGCUCUUCGAUGUUGACGAACUCGAGUGGUUUAGUAGGAACGCUUACAACUUGGCCUUGAAGAACACAGCUACUUGGGAGCUUCGUCUCGUAGUGCGAAUGCUUACCUCCUGCGUGGGCAUCAUCUGCCAAUUUCCCCCAGAUGUGGGAUCUCAGGUCGAGCUUUCAUUAAAGAAACCCUUUUCUCGCUUCAUCAUUGCCUCUGCCCUCGUCUCUCUCGCGAGAACCCAGGACAAUGUCGAGAAGCGGCGGCAUGACUAUGUUAUCAUGCGCGAGCACGUCAUGGCGUUCGAUGGCGAGCUUCCCGGCUAUCUGCCACAUCUGGACGAGCAAUCGCGAGAUGACAUGAUACGAAAGCAUGCUACGCUACUCACAUUUGACUUUGAGGCGGCCAUCUUCCUCGGCCAGUGGGAUGAUCUGGGCGGCAUUGUGCAGCGCGCCGUCACUUGCCGCAGCAUUACGGCGUAUCAGGCCAUGGCUGAUAGCCUUCUCAGGGCUCAGGCGCCAGGGCAAGCUCUUUACUCGACAAUACGGAAGAUCGUCAACGAGAUCUGGGUUUUGGAGAGCUUCGACGCUAUGAAACUAGCCAAGUAUACACGCUGUAUGUUCCAAGCAACGCUACCUCUCGACGAUGGCCUGGCAAUGAAGCUGCUGGACGAGGCUUGUAGCAAGGUCAGAGAGCUCCGUGAGAGCGAGGCGCACUGGCCACAGGAGGAGCUUGAAUGGAUGGCCACGACCGCCUUCAACCACGCCAUCGACUGCUACAGCGCGCGAGAGAUUGAGCGGGCCAGGGACUGGGCCACCAAGGCCAUCAACCUUUCACACUAUUGCGAGGACGAGGGGAGCGGUCUAGAACGUACCCUGCAGGACAAAUUUCUGCGCUUGAACUUUGGGGCCGCGGAGCCAAGUUGA